UUCGAAAAGCUGAUAAUAUCAGGAUGUAUACUAAAGAAAUUUUGCUUGAAGACCUACUAUAUUUAACACAUAAUCCCUUUCAAGGCACAUAAAGUGAUGUUCUUUAAAAUCAUUAUGAUGGAAAACGUAUCUUGGAUGUUUAAAAAAAAAUGCAAGGCAUGACGAGGGGACAACAAAAAUCUUUCUCUAAAAGAAUACACAAACACACAAAAGGAAGCACACACCAAAUUGAACCUCUUAGGGAGACUAUCAUACAGUUAAACUAUUCACAAACCACAGUUUCAUCUACGUCAAUAUGCGACACUUUAAAACCACACGAAAAGGAAAGGAAAUUUUUUGUACAGCCAGCCUUCGUGCAAUGGAGCUGCCAGUGCUCUUGCUCAGGCCAGACGGCAAGCUCCUGCUUCUCUGAAGACACACAGGGAGCCUGCAGUGGCUCAGACAAUAUACCCCCAGAGUCAUCCUUACUUCCCCUCAAGAUGACAAACAGUUCUAUCUUCUGCCCAGUUUACAGAGAUCUGGAGCCAUUCACAUAUUUUUUUUAUUUAGUUUUCCUUGUUGGAAUUAUUGGAAGUGGUUUUGCAACCUGGGCUUUCGUACAGAACAAAAAUCACAGGUGUGUAAGCAUAUACUUAAUUAACCUGCUUACGGCUGAUUUCCUGCUGACUCUGGCAUUACCAGUGAAAAUCAUUGUUGACUUGGGUGUGGCACCCUGGAAGCUGAAGAUUUUCCACUGCCAAGUGACAGCCUGCCUCAUCUACAUUAAUAUGUACUUGUCAAUUAUUUUCUUAGCAUUUGUCAGCAUUGAUCACUGUCUUCAAUUGACAUACAGCUCCAAGAUUUAUCGGAUCCAAGAACCUGGAUUUGCCAAAAUGAUAUCGACCGUGGUGUGGCUAAUGGUCCUUCUUAUAACAGUGCCCAACAUGAUGAUUCCCAUCAGAGACAUCGAAGAGAAGCCAAAUGUGGGAUGCAUGGAAUUCAAAAGGGAGUUUGGCAAAAACUGGCAUUUGCUGACAAAUUUCGUAUGUGUAGCAAUAUUUUUAAAUUUCUCAGCCAUCAUUUUAAUAUCUAACUGCCUUGUAAUUCGACAACUCUACAGAAACAAAGACAACGAAAAUUAUCAGUAUGUGAAAAAAGCCCUCAUCAACAUUCUUUUAGUGACUACCGGCUACAUCAUAUGUUUUGUUCCAUAUCACAUUGUCCGAAUCCCAUACACCCUGAGCCAGACAGAGGUGAUAUCUGAUUGCCCAACCAGGAUUUCACUCUUUAAAGCCAAAGAGGCCACAUUGCUCCUUGCUGUGUCGAACCUGUGUUUUGAUCCUAUCCUGUACUAUCAUCUCUCAAAAGCAUUCCGCUUUACAGUCACCAAGACCUUUGCUUCAUCUAAGGAGACCACGUCUCCAAAAGAAAAAUCAAAUGGUGAAAACAACGCGUAAAAUAUGGGAUUUUUCGUGUUAUCACUUCCUGCCUCGGUGGACAACAGGUACCAGGAAAGAGAGAAAAGAGCCUAAGUAAGAGACACAUGCGUGGCCUGGUUACUGAGAAACUUGUCUAAAUGUAAGCUAAGCAGUACUCUUGUGGUUGUUAAUGGUCCUAAGCCCAAGUAUUUGCAUAAAAAAACUAAAAGAUCCUGUUGAACCAACGUAAAACCGUGUAUUAUCCUUGAAAACUCAAAGAGUUUUAGGACAAGCUCAGAGGCAUUCAUGAAGUAUUCAUUUAAAUACCGGGUAACUGACUUCUUGAUAGAAAUAUGCAAAAUAAUCUCCCUGUAGGUGCCAGAAAGCCCUUCAGCAACACAAUUUAAAUAAAACCGUUUAGAUCAUACCAAAAAAGUCCAACUGAUCUUCCCAUGAAACCACCUGUGCCCGAUUUAUUUUUAAUCCAUCAUUUCAAAGAUGGUAACCUUUUAGCUCACUACUCCAAUUUUUAAUAUCUAAUUGUUUUGUGACACAGCAACUAAACCUAUUCACUUCUGAAGAGGCUUGGAAAUACAUGAGUAGUGUUUAAUGUACUUUAUACACUUAUAUUCUAUCAGGUUUAUAAAGACUUUCCACCGUAAGUAAUG